AUGGAAACCGCCAAGUCGCCAACAACUCUAUCGAUGCUGCUGGUGCUGUGGGUGUUGCUCUGUGGGGCAAACAUCGGCUCGGCACUGCCUAAGCGCGAGACACAAAUGCUGGAGAUGAUGCGGAAUAUACUGCGUGAGGAUAGCCCCGAGCUAAGUGAGCGCCGUCAACGUUCCGUGCCCAUGCUGUUUGCCUCCGCAGUACCGUGCGAAGACAGCGUGCCCCUAGAUAGCAGCGACCAGCUGAACCUGUUCGAGGAGGACUUCGACGACAGCGAAGAAUGCGGCGACUUGGGUAGACCCCGUUAUGACGCUGAGAAAUCAUCGACGCCGGUGCCCUGUGCCAAUCCGCUGGUGCCCAUGGAUCAUCCCUGCUUUAUACGUGUGGUGGUGCUGCGCACGCCUCUGAUGCGGCAUGAUCCCUGCACCAACUUCAGCCUGAGCACCGAGCAGCUUGUAGGAAGCAGUCGCAGUGCCGAGCUGCCCAAUGACACAAACUGCAGUCCCAACGGACCACAAGACAACCUGAACACAGCUUGCGACAACAGCACCGCUAGCCCAGUUUCAAACGAGCUGGCGACAACAGAUGACCCAAUACUGGGAGCAACACUCGACACUACAACCGAGGUCCCUAGCACCACUGAUUACACCAGCACAGUGACCCCGCCCAUCACAACUGAAUACCCAACCACAACUUAUGAGACGACCACAAAAGAAAUCCAGCAAUAUGUAAAGCGAAAGUAUGGGAAACGCCGUAACCGGCAACGGAUCAGUGCAGCCAGUGUGCCGGAUGCGCCCAAUAUCAAGGUCGAUGGGGUCGUGCAGUCCAGUGAGGUAUCUCCGGUAUAUCUAACAGCUGAGCUAACAGCACGUGAAACAGCCACCACAUUGCGGCCGGAAGCGUUCGUGGGAACAGCAAAAGGCAAGAAAGCAAAGAAAUGCAGCGACACAUCGGAAGAUGAGGAAGCAACAACGGAAAACGUAGAUAGCUCCGGAGCAGAAGACAGCGAAUCUGCAGCUAGCAGCGACUCCAACGAUACCGCGGAAAAGGAUACGCAUGUAUGUCCACAGUUUUCGUCGCUCGAGGAGACAGAUGGCAGCAUGCGGCACAUGCCACAUGGGUCGCGCUAUCGCAAGCCUAUGAAGAACAUUGUCGAGCCCAUUCUCUAUGAGGGGCAAUUUGUGAAGCCACGCCAGCGGAUUGGCAUGUUGCCGCAGCAGCCGCACCGCCGCGAUUUCUAUGUGAGCAACAAACAAAUUAUGCCCAGACCCAGGCCGAAGUAUCGGGAGCCGCUGCCACAUUCGAUCUACAUGAACAACAUUGUGCGGGGCAUCAAGUGCAGCGAUGAGGUGGGCGGCCACGACCAGCAGCUGCAUCCAAGGCGCUUCAGUGGUAGAAAGGCAGCAGGGCCACAACGCAAUUGGUCCAACAGACGCAAUUUGCCAAGUAGCUACGGCUUGGUGGGCCCGCAACUCUAUGCACCGGGCCAGCUACAUUCGGCAACGGGCCCGCAACAUGCGGCACCGGGCCACCCGCGCGGACGUGGCAAUCCGCUAUGCGAGCUUAGCUCCGCUGAAGAUCCGGAUGCCUAUGGCCAGGACAGCGAUCAGUACUAUGACGAUGAUACGCCUGAUGACCGCGCCUGGUCCCGUGAGCAUCGCGGACACUCAUCAAAGCACGCUGCUGAUCCCUGCCAGCCGGAGCUAGAAAGGGGCAGACAGAGGCAGCGGGAGAACGAGCGGAACAGAGACAACCACCACAUAGACUACCCGCACCGCUUCUUUACCUAG